CUCACUUCUGUCACCCACGUGCCUCACAAAAACACAUAAGAAAAACAUAUCGAUUCAACACAUCCCUAGCCUGCCUCCGCCUCAGUACCCAACUGGCGCGGCAGCGGCCAGCACGUCAUUGAACAUGGGACUUCACUAACAAAAUGGCGCGCCUACCGCUUCCGAUCCUCCUCACCCUCGGCAUGGCCGCCGCCUUCAACGGCGACAGCUUCGAGCUGGAAUGCCCCGACGAGUGCGACUGCCACUACUUCAGAAUCAACUGGGUCACCGACUGUUCAGAGAGCAACCUCACAGAAAUCCCCUACGAUGAGCUGAGCAUGAGCGUUUACAUUCUGGACUUGAACGAGAACAAUAUCACAGACUUAAAGCCGUUCCCGAAGGAUAUAAAGAUGAGGAGACUGCAGAUUGCGAAUAAUAAAUUGACCAAGAUUACGAGAGAAGCGUUCUCCGGGUUGGAGUAUUUGAUUGAUGUGGAUCUUUCUGGGAAUAAUAUCAGCUAUAUUGAUCCUGAGGCGUUUUUGGACUCCCGCGGCCUGCUGAACGUGGAGCUGCAGGAUAACCCCCUGGCGCCCGUCGAGGGCCCCUUCCUAGCCUCGAGCACCCUGCAAUUCCUAGACGUCAGCUCCUGCAAGCUCACGCGCAUCAACCCCCAGUUCUUCGACAACAUCACUGCCCUCACCAGCGUGGACUUGUCCUACAACCCCUUGAACUCUCUAGACGCUGGAGUUUUCGAUGUCCUCACGAGCUUGGACACCCUAAAAUUAAACAACUGCAAUCUUACUUCAGUCGCCGAAAACGUCUUCUCAAAUCUCGUAAAUCUGAAAUACUUAGAGCUUGCCGGAAACAUCUUAACCAACACAGACUUUACAGAACUUUUGGGCUCUUUGACGAGAUUAGAGUAUUUGAAUUUACGAAAGGCAGGGUUGACUUCGCUGUCUGAAGACACGUUCUCGAAUUGCACAAACCUGGUCACACUUAUUUUAGCCGACAACGAGCUACGUGACUUGGAUGUUGCGGCAACGCUGGGCAGCAGCGUCGAACACUUGGAAUUAUUGGAUCUGUCGCACUGCAAAAUAAUAGGGCCGAUAUCUGGAGACGCGUUUGCGAAUGCGACUAGACUGAAGAGUCUGUACCUUUCUGGAAAUCCCUUGUUUGCGCCAGAUUUGGAAGAAGCUUUGGCACCUCUGCCUAGAUUAGAAAGAUUGUUCUUGAGUAACUGCGGAUUACGUCGCCUUCCGUACAACUUUAACGUUUUCGAUAAUCUAGUCGAAUUAGACAUUUCACACAACCCACUCGUCAACGUGUUUGCUAAACUACUGGCGCCGCUCGAGAAGCUGGAAUAUCUGAACAUGGGUUACAGCAACUUGUCCUACAUUGCCCCCGAUUCGUUUUCAAAUCUGACUGCAAUGAAGCGACUAGUACUCUCAGGCAAUGACCUUAUGUCUCUCGAAGCCGGACUAUUCGGUAAUCUUACGCAGCUAACCACAAUCGAAUUGGAAUUCUGUGGUCUGAAACGACCACUGAACGCGAACGCUUUCUUUAAAAACCUCACGUACAUGGAUUUGAGAGAAAUAAGGCUCGGAGGAAAUCCGCUAGUGAUACCGGCCUCAGGACCGCUGUUUCCCAAGUCAUUAGCACAUGUCACCGUCCUCGAUCUAAGCAAUUGCAACAUCACGUCACUCAACGUCGAUUCCUUUAAGAAUUCGGAUAACAUUACUGAUCUGAAUUUAGCCGGAAACCAGAUCAGCUCUACGGAGGGCAGUCUACUAUUCCUUGAUAGACUACAGCAAUUGGAGAAAAUAAACUUGAGCAACAACAACCUGACCACGAUAGAUCCCGAGGUGUUCGUCAACAACCCAAAGCUGCACUCGUUGAAUUUGAUCGGCAAUCCGUUCAUCUGCGACUGCAAGAUCGCAGAGAUGUGGGACUGGGCUAACAUGAUCAAGGGCGACCUGGACGUGCUCAUCGGAGCCAAGAGCGCCGAGAAAGACAUCGUGGUUAAAGGAAAUAAGAAGAAGAAACAUUUGUACUGUCGGUACAACGAGACCCAGCUGCGAAACAUGAGCAUCGCCACCAACAGAACUGUGCCAGGACGACGACCUUUCUUGAAGCCGCAGAAACUGACAUACGCCAACAGAACUUGGGCGAAGUACGUCAGGGAGUCAGGCUGCGAGCCUGUCGUCAAAAUCCUUCGCCCCGUCGCGUUGGUAGGUGAAGCGUUUCACAAGAAUGGCUAUGUAUCAACACGAGUGAUCGUUUUGGGAGUGCUGGCUGUCUGUCUCGGUUUCGCGACGCUUCUAAUGACUAUGAGAUUGUUCAAAAGGAAAAAUAACACGGAAGUGGACACAGAAACAAAUAGAAAGCAGAGAUAGCAAACAUAUUAUUCGCGUUCAAUUAAGAUAGAUCCGCCUGAGAUACCAAUGUAGUGAGGGUCGAUCGGUCUGAGUUUCAUCUUUAUUUUUUAUACUUUUCAUUGAUUAGUAUCAUUGCAUUAUUACAAUUAUCAAAUGGUCUCUCUAGCACGUCCACGAAAUUAAGCAAUUUAUAAUUUCAACUAGUCAGACUAAUAUCUCGUACAAUAGACGAUAUAGAAUGUAAAGUUUUUGUUUUUUAUUUAUGUAAACGUAGCCUUACUUUAAGUUGCCGGACAGUAUU